UAUAGAAGAAUGCCUCUAAGGUAGUGUAUAUUUGAUAGCGGCUAAACUUUAGUGUUGAAAAGAUACUGUAACAGGAUUCUGGGAUCUGAGCCAACUGAACUCAUAUUUCUGAUUCCUUAUGCAAAUAGGCUCUGAAUGGGAAUAUGAAUGCUGAGUUUAUAAACCUGUGUGUUUAUGUAUCUGAAAGCUGUGGGAUCAAUCCUAAAUUCCACUCCUGAAAUAACAGGUCAUCAAGCAAAGAAAUGGAGAAUGAAGAAAGCCAGAUUGUUGUAUGGGCUGGACAAGAAGAAAAAAUAGUUUUGGGACUGACUAAGCACACAACCUGUGCUGAUAUAGUGCAAGCUCUUCUUGAAGACCAUGAUAUGAAAGUUGGAAGCAACACAUUUCUUUUGAGUCAGCCCAGUGAAUACUUCAUUGUGGAAAAAUGGAGAGGUUUUGAACGUGUUUUGCCUCCUCCAACCAAAAUCUUAAAAUUGUGGAGAGCAUGGGGGAAAGAACAGAGCAACUUAAACUUUGUUCUUGUAAAAUCUGAUGCCUUUCUUCAUAUCCCAAUGUGGAAGAGUGCUGAAGCUAAAAUUACACAUAACAUAGAUAGGAAACAUCUCCAGUACAGUUCAGCAUAUCACAUCAAAGCAUUACCACUAGACAAACGAAAGAGAAUUAUAAGAAAAGCAUUCCGAAAAUUGACUAACCUUAAAAAAGACAUUGAUUUUCAAGACAGAAACAAUUUGGAGACACUUCUUCAUGUAAUAAUGUCUCAAGAGCAUACCAUCAAACAGCAAAUCCAGAGAAUAGAGGAACUGAAUAAUGAUAUUGAGUCAAAGGAAGCCAAUCUACAUUUGGCAAGAGUAGAGAACAUUGGGAAAGAUUAUGUCCAAAACCUGUAUUUGAAACCAAUCAGUGAACGUACAGAAACCUCCAAAAAACACACAAAAAAGUAUUUUGUAGAGGAGAAAAGGAGACAAGAAGAAAUGUUUCAUUUAGAAGAAAAGCUAAGUCAUCUUAAAAUACUUAUUAACAGCAUCUCCACUGAAAUUGAAGCAGAGAUAACUUCUAUAUAUUUGAUGCAAAGUGAAGACCAGGAAUCUUUUGAUAAUAGAGAAGAGAAAGCUAAAGAACAUGACUUAACAAAUGUUAAAGAAGAACUUGAUGAAAGCCUCCAGCAAGGUUUACAGUUGCAUGAUCUUUUUGAAUGUAUUCAGGAGCAGAUCAGAUAUAAAGAUUCUAUUCUGCUAAAGCAAGAACGAGAAUAUAAAAGACUGGAAGAAGAAUUUCAAUCAUUAUGCAUUAGCAAUACAAAUAAUCCAUUGAACUGUCAAACUCUGUUUCCAGCAAAUAACUGCAUAGUUAAUAAAACUGACGCAACAUGUGAUUUUACCACCACAUUGUGUAAUAUGGAUAAUCAUGAGACGGACUCAGACACAGGAAUAAGCUCUGGUAUUAGCCAAGAUUCUGAGCCCGCUUUAUGAAAUAUGAUGCUGAUUUCCAGUUAAAAUUCUUUAUGCUCAUAAUGGAAUGAAUGCACAGCAUUUCCCUAAAGGGAAAAAUAUGAUAAGUACAGUAUUAUAUGCUUUACAUAUCCUCACUGUAACAUUAGAACAAGCCUUUAAAGGUAUUAGUUCUAUUGUAUUAAAAGGUGCAUUUUAGCACGUGUAUAUUCAUUAGUAUGUAGACCUUUCCUUCUAUAAAAACAAUAGCACAACAACGACAGGCAUCCAUCUUAACCACAACCCUUUUUUGAGAGGUUUAGGGUUAAUUUUGAGCAAUUUUAAAACAUGAACUUGUUUACAUUUUUGUACCAAUAACAUAACUUUAAUGUCUACAUUUUCUGUGCCUCCAGGUUAUUGAAGUUAUGAAUAGCAUGUCAUAUGACAGGAGGGGUCAAUAUUUUACUUACAUUUACAAAUAAUGAUAUUCUUUUGUGACAAAAAAUAUAUAUGAAUCAUACAGAAAAAAAGUAUUUCCUGCAGAACUCUGUUCAUUCUUGUAGGUCUCUGGGGAAAGUAAUCAUAUUGUUUCAGGAUGCAUAGUGUUCUGGUCCAUAUACAGAAUCUACAGGGGUUUGUUGAACAAAAGAGAACAUUAUGGUAUUUGUAGGACUGUAGUGAAGAGGUGAUUACAGUCCCUCAGAUAUAUAAAUACUGUAUAUGUUGAGUUGAAAACAUUAUUCCAAUAUUUUACUUGUUGACUCGUGAUCAUUAGCUUGUGAUCAUUAGGCAAAACCUUAGAAGAACCCUAGAAGAAUAUAGCACUAUGGAUUAUUUGAAUCCAGUCAUUUUUUUUUUAAAAAAUACACAUUUUUGUGAUUUAUUUUCAAUGAAACAAAAAACUA